UACCUUGAAUAAAAACAACAUCACCACAUUCCCGAAAGACAUAUUUGGAAAUAUGAAGAAAUUGAGAAUUUUACGUAUCGGUGACAAUAACUUGGUGUGCGACUGUCACCUCAGCUGGUUGGCAAUAUGGUUGAGAAAGAACCCUCGACUGGGACUUUUUACCAAAUGCUAUGAACCCAUGAUUCUCAGGAAUCAGGCCAUAGAAGUGCUACAAGCGAAGGAUUUCAAAUGUGCUGGCUACGAGCGACUCCAUUCUAAAGAAUGCCUUUCCGAAAUGUUGUGCCCUCGACGUUGCAGCUGCAUCGAAGGAGUCAUAGAUUGCCGGGGCCAGGAACUAAAAGUCAUCCCUGAUUUCAUUCCAGAAAGUACAACUGACCUUCGCCUUGACGAGAAUCAUAUUACACGUAUCCCACCAAAGGCCUUCGCUGAUUAUAAGAACUUACGUCGUAUAGACUUGGGCAACAAUCAAAUAUCAUUUGUAGCCUCAGACGCCUUUGCUGGCUUAACUUCACUAAACUCAUUGAUUCUCUAUGGAAACAAACUUGUUGAUCUUCCACACGGCGUGUUCCGUGGUUUAACCUCAUUACAAUUACUAUUACUCAAUGCUAAUAAAAUAAAUUGCAUUCGAGAAGACACCUUUGUUGAUCUUGGGAAUCUCAAUUUACUAUCUCUCUAUGAUAACAAGAUUGAAAGUCUUUCCAAUGGAACAUUCUUACCAUUGAAGAAUAUACAAACUCUGCAUCUAGCUCGCAAUCCAUUCAUCUGUGACUGCAACCUGCGCUGGUUGUCUGAAUAUCUGCACAAUUAUCCAGUGGAGACCAGUGGUGCUCGCUGUGAAAGCCCACGGCGCAUGCGCAGGAAGAAGAUAGGCAAUAUCAGAGGAAGCAAGUUCAAGUGCAAAGGAUCAGAGCAACAACGUACAAGGAAUGCUGGUAUAUGUGCAAUUGUCUCCCAGUGUCCCUCUGACUGUGAUUGCUCAGGAACUACAGUCGAUUGCUCAGGUCGCAGAUUAAGCAAACUUCCUGAUACUUUGCCAGACUAUACCACACAUCUAAACCUUGCUGACAAUGAAAUCAUAAGGAUUGAUACCACAAGUAUUCUGAGACGUUUGCCAAGCUUAGAAAUCUUGGACCUCAAGAAUAACAAAAUCACCCACAUUGAGGAUAAUGCUUUCAGCAACCUCAAUAACCUCCAGGAACUUAUUCUCACGGCCAACAAACUGACCAAAGUUAGUGCAGCUACCUUCAAAGGAUUGACAAAUUUAAGGAUACUGAAUUUACCAUUCAACAGAAUUGGCUGUGUCAGCAAUGAUACCUUCAACUCACUCACAAACCUUCGGUUCUUAUCCCUCUUCGACAAUGAGAUCCGCUGUAUAAUGGAAGGAUCCUUCAACAAGUUACACUACAUGUCAACAUUGAAUUUAAUGUCCAAUCCAUUCAACUGCAACUGUCACUUGGCAUGGCUGCCAUUGUGGCUAAAAAGCAAGAACUUCGUAACUGGACACUUAACAUGCCUGACACCUCACAAUCUUAAAGAUUCGCCCAUCAUUAGCCAUAAGGCAUCGGACUUCGUCUGUGAAGCAAAUCUAAAUGUUGAGAUGGGAUGCAAUGUUGCAAAACCAACCUGUUGUCCAUCUGCUGCUAUGGAGAAAAUGGAGAACAGUUGUGACCCAAGGGCUUAUUGCCCACCAAGGUGUGUAUGUUCUGGGACAGUUGUACGCUGCAUCAAACAAGGGCUGAAGCAUUUCCCUAGAGACAUCCCAAUGGAUACAACAGACCUAUACUUGGACUUUAAUAACAUCACCGUUGUUCCCAGAGAGAUCAGCCGAUUAACCAAGCUGACACAGCUAGACCUCAGUUACAACCAGAUUGAAACUCUGCCGGAUUAUGCUUUUGCUAACCUUUCUCAUAUGUCAACUCUAAUACUCAGUUAUAAUCCGCUUCAGUGUGUUGCUGAAACAAGUUUCUCUGGACUUACCAAAUUACGAAUACU